AUGUACCACCACCCCGUGCGCCUCGCCCGCCCAACCCUCCUCCGCCGCGUAACAACAACAGCAACAACAAGAGCACCACCACCCCGACACCAAACACGCCACUUCCACCCCACACGACCAGCUCCCUUCCUGGCCGAAAUCAUGGACUCCUCCUGGCUGAUUCACGGCGUCCACAACCUCUCCGGCCUACCGUGGGCCUACACCAUCCCGCUGACGGCGCUCAUCGUGCGAACCUUCAUCGCCCUCCCAAUCCAAAUCUACACGAAGCUCCAAGGGCGCCGCGAGCGAGCCGCGCAACCCCUCCUCGCCUGCUGGCAGAACUACUACCGCUCGAGCAUCAGCGCGAAGCGGGAGCAGCAGCAGCAGCAGCAACAGCAACAACUUCAAAGUAUGCAAGAAUCAAGCGGGCGCCGCCAACCCUCGGUGCGGACGGAGACGGCGGUCGCGGUCGCGCGCCAACGCAAGGCGAUGUUCCGCCGGCUGGGGAUCAGCCGGUACUGGAAGGGGAUGUUCCUGCUGCCGAUACCGGCGUGGCUGUCGGUGAUGGAGACGAUCCGGGCGAUGGCGGGGUGCGAGAGCGGGCUCCUGGCCUGGCUGCUGCGGCUGGUCGGGUCGGACACGGCGAAUCGCGUCCCCGUCGAGCCCACGCUCGCGGCCGAGGGCGCGCUCUGGUUCCCCGACCUCCUGGCCGGGGACACCACGGGGGUGCUGCCCGCCGUGCUCACCGCGUCCAUCCUCCUCAACAUCCACAUCGGGUGGAAGGUGCCCCGGCUGGCGGAGCUGGCGGACCUGCCGCGCGCGCAGCUGCCCAAACACCUGUCCCUCCGCGCGCUCCGCACCUUCGUCCAGAUCAUGGCGCUGAACGUCGGGCUGUCGACGUAUCUCUACGAGACGCCCGCGGCGCUGCUGCUGUAUUGGGCCACGAGCAGCAACAUCGCGACGCUGCAGAAUCGGGCGCUGGAUCGCAUGAUGGGGCUGGAUGAUGCAGCGAAGAAGGAGCCGUCGAUGGGGAGCAAGGGGAUGCUUAUGCUGUACAGGACCCCGGUGAGGCAGGUGGAGGGAGCCCAGAAGCAGGCUGGUGUUGUGGGGUGA